UCCCACAGUCAGUCGUUGACACAAAGAGAAAUUCCACAGCCGGGGGGCAAGGCUUUAAUUGCCCCCUCUCCCUCCCUCGCCUCCUUCACCAUCCCACCGAGCUUUGCAACAGCUAGUAGCAUGGGCAAGCUGUGCUGCAGCCAGGAAGACGACGAGCCGGCGUUCAACCUCCUGGGGCUGCUCGUCACCGUCGUCCUCGCCCUGCUCCUGCUCAUGCUGUGCACGCCGCCCCGCCGCAGGCGCUGCGUCGCCUACUACCCCCGUUACUGCUAGGACAGGACGGACGCGGUGGCGGUGGCACACGCCGUCGAGCUUCAGCCUUCUUCGAGGUAGGGAGGAAAGGAUCAAUCUUCUGCUCUGCUCUGCGAUGGGCGCCGAGGUAGGCAUCAGACGUGGAGUUCAAUUCGAGUCCGAGUUGUGGAGUAUACAAUAAAUCAUGCUGGAUUGUUUGUUUGUAUGUAAAAGCGUUCUGUUAUUAUUGGUAAAUCAAUGUGACUACUGCAUAAGGCUGGUCGGUCUGUAACCUGAUCCGAGAGUCUGUCUGUUGGUAAAAAAUUAAUUGACUACUGGAAUUUGUUGACUUGGUA